CUCGGCGCUGGAGUCCCUGGGUGUCCCCUGCUACCUGGGGGGCGCGGCGCGGGGGCUGCUGCCCCCCGAGUGUCCCCUGCUGCUGCGGCAGAACCGCCGCGACGCGCUGCGCGACGCCGACCUGGUGCUGCUGGCAGGGACCGUCUGCGAUUUCCGCCUGUCCUACGGGCGCCUCUUCGGCCGCGGCACCGCCGUGGUGGCCGUCAACCGCGACCGGGCGCAGCUGCUGCGCAACUCCGACGUCUUCUGGAAACCGCGGCUGGCCGUGCAGGCCACUUUGGGUCCAAACGGAGCCGGUUUGGGUGCAAACGGUGCCGCUGUCCCCUCGUGUGUCCCCAGCUCGGCGCUGGAGUCCCUGGGUGUCCCCUGCUACCUGGGGGGCGCGGCGCGGGGGCUGCUGCCCCCCGAGUGUCCCCUGCUGCUGCGGCAGAACCGCCGCGACGCGCUGCGCGACGCCGACCUGGUGCUGCUGGCAGGGACCGUCUGCGAUUUCCGCCUGUCCUACGGGCGCCUCUUCGGCCGCGGCACCGCCGUGGUGGCCGUCAACCGCGACCGGGCGCAGCUGCUGCGCAACUCCGACGUCUUCUGGAAACCGCGGCUGGCCGUGCAGGGUGACCCCGCGUCCCUGGUGUCACUCUGGUGUCACCGUGUCCCUGGUGUCCCUCCAUGUCCCAGGUGUUACUCUGGGGUCCCCGGUGUCACCGUGUCCCUGGUGUCCCUCCGUGUCCCCGGUGUCUCUGGUCGGGGAGCACAGGAACCGGGUCCCUUUGGCACUCUGGGCGUGGGCGGAGGAUUCGCGCUCGGGGCCAAACUCUGCCGGCCCGAGGCUGAGGUGUGGGUGCUGUUCGGGGACGGCUCCCUGGGCUUCAGCCUGAUGGAGUUCGACACCUUCGUGCGCCACAAGGUCCCGGUCAUCGCCCUGGUUGGCAACGACGCCGGCUGGACCCAGAUCAGCCGCGAGCAGCUCCCCCUGCUGGGCAGCGCCGUGGGCUGCAGCCUGGCCUACAGCGAUUACCACGCGGUGGCGGAGGCGCUGGGCGGCCGCGGCUUCGUGGUGGACAGCGCCGGGGACAGCGCGGGGGACAGCGCCGGGGACAGCGCCGGGGACAGCGCGGGGGACAGCGCGGGGGACAUCCAGGACAGGCUGGUGGCCGUGCUGAGGGCGGCGCAGGCCGAGUGUCACCGCGGCCACCCCGUCCUCGUCAACGCCCUGCUGGGCCCCAGCGACUUCCGGCAGGGCUCCGUGUCCGUCUGAGGGACACCAAAUGUCACCGAGGGCCACCAAAUGUCAUCGAGUGUCAUUGAGUGUCCCCAAGGGUCACCGAGGGUCACCAAAUGUCCCCGAGGGUCCCCAAGUGCCACCGAGUGUCAUCAAGGGUCACCAAAUGCCACCGAGUGUCAUCGAGUGUCACUGAAUACCAUUGAGCGUCCCCAAGGGUCACCGAGUGCCACCAAACAUCACGGAGUGUCCCCAAGGGUCACCAAGAGUCCCCAAGGGUCACUGAGCAUCCUCAAGGGUCAUCACGUGUCCCCAAAUGUCCCCAAGGCCACCCCGUCCUCGUCAACGCCCUGCUGGGCCCCGGCGACUUCCGGCAGGGCUCCGUGUCCAUCUGAGGGACACCAAAUGUCACCAGUGUCACCAAAUGUCAUCGAGUGUCAUUGGGUGUCAUUGAGUGUCUCUGAAUAUCACUGAGCAUCCCAAAGGGUCACCGAGUGUCCCUGCACAUCACCAAAUGUCACCAAGGGUCACCGAGUGCCACCAAACACCAUUGAGUGUCCCCAAGGGUCACUGAGCAUCCUCAAGUGUCCCCGAGUGUCCCCAAGGCCACCCCGUCCUCGUCAACGCCUUCCUGGGCCCCGGCAACUUCCAGCAGGGCUCCGUGUCCGUCUGAGGGACACCAAAUGUCACCGAGGGCCACUGAAUGUCACCAGAGUGUCACCAAAUGCCACCAGAGUGUCACUGAGUGUCAUUGAGUGUUAUUGAGUGUCAUUGAGUGUCCCCAAGGGUCAUUGAGUGUCCCUGAGGGUUCCCGAGGGUCACCCAAUGUCACCAAGGGUCCCCAAGUGCCACCGAGUGUCACUGCGUGUCCCCAAGGGUCACCAAGAGUCCCCAAGGGUCGCUGAGCAUCCUCAAGGGUCAUCACAU